AUGACUGACAAUACCAUAACACAAUCACCCGACGACUUUGAUUGGUUUAAAAACAACGGCAUCUACAUGCCAAUGAUCAACGACACUGGGCGUAACAUUGCAUACAAAGCCGCAAUAGAACGUGUAGCACCAGGCAGCGUCAUGUGUGACAUAGGCACAGGUACCGGACUGUUGAGUAUCCUGGCCGCCAAGGCUGGAGCAAAGAAGGUAUACAGUAUUGAAAUGGAUCCAGGUCGUGCAAAAUUUGCCAGGGACAUGAUAGACCAACUUGGUAUUACAAACAUACAGGUAAUCAACAAGAACUUUUUAAGGUGUGACAGAGGAGAUAUUCCAGACGAUAUAGAUUAUUUUAUUUCUGAGACUAUCGGUAAUCCUAUCUUCAACGAGAAUAUUGUUGAUUUAUCCAAGCAUGCUAAACAGUGGGGUGGAACUUUUAUUCCAGGAAAGAUUGAAGUUACUGCUGAGGUAUACAGAAAUCAUCCUAUACUACCGUUGGUUUAUGCUGAGUCAGAAGCCUUUGAAUUUCAACCUGACAUUGAGAUUGACGACGCAUACGAAAAAACAAUUAACGACACAUUUCAGCAGAAGCACCCUGCAGACAACUACACAGAUGAAGACUUAGAAACACUGGCAGAAAUUAGCGACAAGAAAGAACUUAAAGAACUAGCUAAGUCAAACGGUUGGGAAGAUAAAAAGAUCCGAGACGCACUCAAAUGA